AUGGUUUGGCUUAGGUAUCUAAUAAUUCAGAUCAGUAUAUUAGCAUCAUUUUCAACUGCAGUCCAUUUAAAUUUAAAUGUCACGUCUUCAUUACAAAAUGCCGCUUCGUUAGUUGCCGUUGGAUUAAUGGAUUAUUAUAAUGGUGACCAGUAUGGUCAAACUAUUGGUAUGUUUUCUAAUCCAUACUACUGGUGGGAAGCUGGUGGUGCUUGGGGAUGUAUGAUAGAUUAUUGGUAUUUUAUGCAAAAUGAUACUUAUAAUGAUAUUAUAUCGCAGGCUUUAUUAUAUCAAACAGGUGAUCGCAACGAUUAUAUUCCCUUGAAUCAAUCAACGACUGAGGGUAAUGAUGAUCAAGCUUUCUGGGGGAUUACCGUAAUGUCAGCAGCAGAACGUAACUUUACAAAUCCACCACCAGAUAAACCACAGUGGCUAUAUUUAGCACAAGCUGUCUUUAAUACCAUGGCAUUACGCUGGGAUGAUUCCACUUGCAAUGGUGGUUUAAGAUGGCAAAUUUUUGUCUGGAACUCUGGUUAUUCAUACAAGAACUCUGUUUCUAAUGGUGCACUUUUCCAUAUGGCCGCAAGAUUAGCAAGGUAUACGGGUAAUCAAAGUUAUGUUGAUUGGGCGGUUAAGGUAUAUGAUUGGAUGGAGAAGACUGGUCUAAUUUCUAAUGAUACCUACUUCAAAUUUGUGUAUGACGGAGCAAGUAUUGAAACAAAUUGUACAGAUAUAACACAAUUUCAAUGGACUUAUAAUCAGGGAUUAAUAUUAUCGGGUUGUGCCUAUUUAUAUAAUCAUACUGAAGACAGUAAAUGGUUAACAAGGACAGAACAAUUUGUGAAUGGUUCUGCUGUAUUCUUUAAUAAUAGUAUAGUAUAUGAAGCAGCUUGCCAGGGGAGUAAAAGAUGUGAUAAUGAUCAACGUUCAUUCAGAGCAUAUUUUGCUCGUUUUCUAGGUGUCACUGCACAAUUAGUGCCAACUACAAAAGAUAUAAUUAUGGAUUGGAUUAAUACUUCAGCAUAUGCUGCAGCACAAGCAUGCUCAGGUGGUACAGAUGGUCAUACUUGCGGAUUAAAUUGGUUUAACAUAGGAUGGGAUGGGUAUUAUGGCCUUGGAGAGCAAAUGGGUGCCUUAGAAUUUUUAGUAAAUACCAGGGCUUUAGACAUGCCAGCUCCAUACACAAGUUCAAAUGGUGGUUCAUCUACUGGUAAUGGAGCUGCUGGUACUGAGAAGCCACCUACUAACUUAGGGCCUUUGCAUAUAACUGAUGGCUCAAAGGCAGGUGCUGGAAUCAUAACUUGUGUAAUUGGGCUAUCAAUUCUUCUUUGCACAACAUGGUUGGCACUGUAA